AUGGGGGACGUGAGUGACGGUUACCGCGGCAACGCCGGCGCGGGCUCGUUCCCGCCCGGCCUCCGAGCCGCGCGGCGCGAACGCGCUGAGCAAAUGAAGACUGUCAGUGUUGCCCUGGUGCUGUGCCUCAAUGUUGGUGUGGACCCUCCCGACGUGGUGAAGACCACUCCCUGCGCCCGCUUAGAAUGCUGGAUAGAUCCUCUGUCGAUGGGCCCUCAGAAAGCUCUGGAAACGAUUGGUGCAAACUUACAGAAGCAGUAUGAGAACUGGCAGCCCCGGGCCCGGUACAAGCAGAGCCUGGACCCGACUGUGGACGAAGUCAAGAAGCUGUGUACGUCGCUGCGCCGUAAUGCCAAGGAGGAACGGGUUCUCUUCCACUACAACGGCCAUGGGGUGCCCCGGCCCACAGUGAACGGAGAGAUCUGGGUCUUCAACAAGAACUACACGCAGUACAUCCCACUGUCCAUCUACGACCUGCAGACCUGGAUGGGCAGCCCGUCCAUCUUCGUCUACGACUGCUCCAACGCUGGCCUCAUCGUCAAGUCCUUCAAGCAGUUUGCUCUGCAACGGGAGCAGGAGCUGGAGGUCGCCGCCAUUAACCCGAACCACCCGCUAGCCCAGAUGCCCUUGCCACCAUCAAUGAAGAACUGCAUCCAGCUGGCCGCCUGUGAAGCCAGCGAGCUGCUGCCCAUGAUCCCCGACUUGCCCGCCGACCUCUUCACGUCCUGCCUCACCACCCCCAUCAAGAUUGCCCUGCGCUGGUUUUGCAUGCAGAAGUGUGUCAGCCUGGUGCCCGGAGUCACUCUGGACCUCAUAGAGAAGAUCCCUGGGCGGCUGAACGACCGGCGCACACCGCUGGGCGAGCUCAACUGGAUCUUCACGGCCAUCACGGACACCAUCGCCUGGAACGUGCUCCCCCGAGAUCUCUUCCAGAAGCUCUUCCGCCAGGACCUGCUGGUGGCGAGUCUGUUUCGGAACUUCCUGUUGGCGGAACGGAUCAUGCGGUCCUAUAACUGCACCCCUGUGAGCAGCCCCAGGCUUCCCCCCACCUACAUGCACGCCAUGUGGCAAGCCUGGGACCUGGCUGUGGACAUCUGCCUGUCUCAGCUGCCAACCAUCAUCGAAGAAGGGACCGCUUUCCGGCACAGCCCCUUCUUCGCCGAGCAGCUGACCGCCUUCCAGGUGUGGCUGACGAUGGGCGUGGAGAACAGGAACCCCCCCGAGCAGCUGCCCAUCGUUCUGCAAGUGCUGCUGAGCCAGGUGCACCGGCUGAGGGCCCUGGACCUGCUAGGGAGGUUUCUGGACCUGGGUCCCUGGGCGGUGAGCCUGGCCCUGUCUGUGGGGAUCUUCCCCUACGUGCUGAAGCUGCUGCAGAGUUCAGCCCGGGAGCUGAGGCCCCUGCUGGUCUUCAUAUGGGCCAAGAUCCUCGCGGUGGACAGUUCCUGCCAAGCUGACCUCGUGAAGGACAACGGCCACAAGUACUUCCUCUCUGUCCUGGCAGACCCCUACAUGCCGGCUGAGCAUCGCACCAUGACGGCCUUCAUCCUGGCUGUCAUUGUCAACAGCUACAACACAGGGCAGGAAGCCUGCCUCCAGGGGAACCUGAUUGCCAUCUGCCUGGAGCAGCUCAGCGACCCCCACCCGCUGCUGCGCCAGUGGGUGGCCAUCUGCCUCGGCCGGAUCUGGCAGAACUUUGACUCAGCGCGGUGGUGUGGCGUACGCGACAGCGCCCAUGAGAAGCUCUGCAGCCUCCUGUCAGACCCUGUUCCUGAGGUCCGGUGUGCCGCCGUCUUCGCCCUGGGCACGUUCGUAGGCAACUCUGCUGAGAGGACUGACCACUCCACCACCAUUGACCACAACGUGGCCAUGAUGCUGGCCCAACUCAUCCAUGACGGCAGCCCUGUGGUGCGCAAGGAGCUGGUGGUGGCCCUGAGCCACCUGGUGGUUCAGUACGAGAGCAACUUCUGCACUGUCGCCUUGCAGUUCAUGGAGGAGGAGAAGAACUACCCGCUACCCUCUCCCGCGGCCUCAGAGGGGGGCAGCCUGACCCCUGUGCGCGAUGGCCCGUGCACCCCCCGACUGCGCUCAGUGAGCUCCUACGGGAACAUCCGUGCAGUCACCACCGCCAGGAGCCUGAACAAGUCCCUGCAGAACCUCAGCCUGACCGAGGAGGCAGGCAGCGCGGUGACCUUCUCACCCGGGAACCUGAGCGCCAGCAGCAGCGCCAGCAGCACCCUGGGCAGCCCCGAGAACGAGGAGUACAUCCUGUCCUUCGAGACCAUUGACAAGAUGCGGCGCGUCAGCUCCUACUCCUCCCUCAACUCGCUCAUAGGAGUUUCUUUUAACAGUGUUUACACUCAAAUUUGGAGAGUCUUGCUGCACCUGGCUGCGGACCCCUACCCAGACGUGUCUGACCUGGCUAUGAAAGUGCUCAACAGCACCGCCUACAAGGCCACGGUCAACGCCCGGCCCCAGCGCAGCCUGGACACCUCCUCCCUCACACAGUCGGCCCCAGCCAGCCCCACCAACAAGGGCGCCCACCUCCACCCCGUGGGGGGCUCCCCACCGACAUCCAGUACCAGCAGCUCCAGCCUGACUAACGAUGUGGCCAAGCAGCCUGCCAGCCGGGACCUGCCCGCAGGCCGGCCGGGCACCACCGGCCCCGUGGGGGCACAGUACACGCCCCACUCCCACCAGUUCCCUCGGACGCGCAAGAUGUUUGACAAGGGUCCAGACCAGACGGCAGACGAGGCCGAUGACGCCGUCACCACCGGCCACAAGAGCUUCAUCUCGGCCGCCGUCCAGACGGGCUUCUGUGACUGGAGCGCCAGAUACUUCGCCCAGCCCGUCAUGAAGAUCCCGGAGGAGCACGACGUGGAGAGCCAGAGCCGCAAGGAGCGCGAGUGGAGGUUCCUGAGGAACGCGCGUGUGCGCAAGCAGGCCCAGCAGCUCGUCCGGAGGGGGAUCACCCGGCUAGAUGACCAGCUCUUCCUCAACAGGAACCCAGGGGUCCCCUCCGUGGUCAAGUUCCACCCUUUCACACCCUGCGUCGCCGUGGCUGACAAAGACAGCAUCUGCUUCUGGGACUGGGAGAAAGGGGAGAAGCUGGACUACUUCCACAACGGGAACCCACGCUACACCCGGCUCACCGCCAUGGAGUACCUCAAUGGCCAGGACCGCUCUCUCCUGCUGACAGCCACCGACGAUGGCGCCAUCAGGGUCUGGAAGAACUUCGCUGACCUGGAGAAGAACCCUGAGAUGGUGACAGCCUGGCAGGGCCUCUCGGACAUGCUUCCAACCACUCGAGGCGCAGGCAUGGUGGUGGACUGGGAGCAGGAGACGGGGCUCCUCAUGAGCUCUGGGGAUGUGCGGAUCAUCCGGAUCUGGGACACAGACCGGGAGGUGAAGGUGCAGGACAUCCCCACCGGCGCCGACAGCUGUGUGACCAGCCUGUCCUGCGACUCGCGCCGCUCCCUCAUCGUGGCGGGCCUGGGCGAUGGCUCUAUCCGUGUCUACGACCGGAGGAUGGCGCUAAGCGAAUGCCGUGUUAUGACGUACCGGGAGCACACGGCCUGGGUGGUGAAGGCACACCUGCAGAAGCACCCAGAGGGUCACAUCGUGAGCGUCAGUGUCAACGGGGAUGUGCGCUUCUUCGACCCCCGCAUGGCUGAGUCCGUGAAUGUGCUGCAGAUUGUGAAGGGACUCACAGCCCUGGACAUCCACCCACAGGCCAGCCUCAUUGCCUGUGGCUCCAUGAACCAGUUCACCGCCAUCUACAACGGCAGCGGGGAGCUGGUCAACCACAUCAAGUACUAUGAUGGCUUCAUGGGUCAGCGAGUGGGCGCCAUCAGCUGCCUGGCUUUUCACCCGCACUGGCCGCACCUGGCCGUCGGGAGCAACGACUACUACAUCUCUGUGUACUCGGUGGAGAAGCGUGUCAGAUAGCAGUACCCCCUGCCUCCACCACCCGCCAUGUACAUAGACAGGAGCUGGAGCACGAUCCCCACCUGGCACCAGGGCCCCGACCCCUGGCUGUAAGUCACUGACAGCCGGAGGUCCAAGAAGUUUCCGUCGGCUGCCACGGAGGAAAAGGCAGGUCCCUGUCCUGUAAAGUGUGGCGUUCAGUUCGGUGCCGAUGGGACAAGCCAGCCCAGGAUGAGGUCCCAUGGAGUGGAGCGAGCCGACAGAGUGGGGAGGGUACGUUGCAGGGCACCUCCUUCAGGGACCCCUGUGGGGUAGGACUCUUGGUCUCAGCAAGGCCCCUCCUGGCCAGAGCCCUGGACACAUAGGCAGGUCCUUGGUCACAUAGCCCCCCCUUGCCUCCAGCUGGCUUCUCUCUGAGGCACUGUUCUCCCUGCCCAGGCCUGCACAUGUGUGACGUGUGUCUGGGGACCACAGCCCCCUCCUGGUUCACACACGUGUACAUGUAUGUGUGGGGCUCCCAACCCUCCUGGACCAGCACAUGUGUGCACAUGCAUGCAAGCCUCAUGGUCCCCUACCUGACCUUCCCAGGUAUAUGUGGGCCCUGUCCCCACCCUGGCAUGCACCCCCUGCAGACACUGAGACAGCUAGGCCCCUGAGAGGAAGUGGGUCAGCAACAGGCCGUCUGCCCUGGCCCCACGCCCUGGUCUACCCAGAGCCCACAUCCCAGCCUGCCCUGCAGCAGGGCUCCUUGCCAUGUGCUCUAGGGGGUCAGAACGUAUCUGGGGGCAUGUGCAUUGUGAGUGUACACAUGCAUGUGUACACACAUGAGAUUCGAUGCACUGUGUGCAUGUGAGUGUGUGUGUACAGUGUGCACUGCACGGCAGUCAACAGGUUUGUGUGCAUGACUGCAUUCAUGCAGGUACAUGCAUGUCUGGGUGGUAUGCACACAUGUAUGGGUUCAUGUACCUGUGUAGGUGUGUGUGUACGUGUGAGUGGGUAUGUGCGUGUGUGUGUGUUCUCGAGUGUGUGCGCAGGGGCGCCGGGAGCCCGCGGACUGGCCGCAGACCGACAGUGCUUUGACCGCAAACCAACCGCAAUGAUGACACUUUGAAACCCGAUUCUCCGAAAUCACGAUGACUCAGAAGUGUGGGGAUGAGUAACCCCGCCAGGAUGGACUUGGCCCGUGCCUGGUGCCUGCUGGACCGUGCAGGCAGCCCGCAGCCUGCUCCCCCAGCCCCCGGCAGCCUGGACCCUUCCAGAAGCUCAAGCCGCCCCCAGCGCAGACCUGCAGUCCUGGCUCACAGGACCCACAGCCAUGCGCAUCUGUUUGUUUUAAGAAAAACAUCCUGGCAGAAGGCCCUUGGGGGAGGGGCCUCCGUGGCCCUGCACCCGGUGCCCACUGGGCCCGGCCACUGUGGAGCCCGCGGGCCGUGUGGGUGGGUGCUCGCCAAGCCGGCCACUCGACCAUGAAGCACAGGUGUGAACGUCCUCAGAAAGGAUUAGAGUCUCUCUCUAUUUACCAAGGGCGCUGGGCUCGGGGCUGUGUGGGCUGUCAAUAAACUUGGACACAG